GUAAGGAUGUACCAGUAUCAUCACGAAUCAAUCCUUUCUACCUUUCCCUAACGGGAAAGUAAUUGGAAGUUUGUCAGCAGAUACUUCCCUGCCUUUUCUGACUCUUCAGGAUGUAUGUUUUUGAGAUGCAUCCAAGCAGUGUGGGGAAUUCUUUGAUUUGUGAUUGAGGUGUGAACAACCUCCGAAAGAUCUGCUAAAAGGAUAAGGAGGAACCUCUAUGGGUAACCCUUGGCUGGAAACAAUUACUGGUCAACCAUGGUAAAACUUGCCAACCCUCUUUAUACGGAGUGGAUUCUUGAAGCUAUACAGAAGGUUAAAAAGCAAAAGCAAAGGCCCUCUGAAGAGAGAAUAUGUCAUGCUGUUUGUGCUUCACAUGGAUUAGAUAAGAAGACUGUUUCAGAACAGUUGGAACUUAGUGUUCAAGAUGGUUCUAUUCUUAAAGUUACCAACAAAGGCCUUGCAUCCUACAAGGACCCAGAUAAUCCUGGACGGUUUUCAUCUGUUAAACCUGGCACCAUUCCUAAAUCUGUUAAGGGAUCUCGAGGAGCUUGUAAUGAGCUUCGUAACGUGGAUUGGAAUAAACUGUUGAGAAGAGCAAUUGAAGGGCUUCAAGAACCAAGUGGUUCCUCCCUGAAAAACAUAGAGAAGUAUUUGAGAAGUCAAAAUGACCUAGCAAAUAUUUUCAACAAUCCUGCCUUUCAGCAGAGGUUGCGUCUGGGGGCCAAACGAGCUGUGAACAAUGGGAGAUUACUGAAGGAUGGACCUCAGUAUAGAGUGAAUUAUGGCAGUGUGGAAAGCAAAGGAGCUCCAAAAUAUUCCGGCACUUUCCCAGCUUCUCUUCCACCUGUCAGCCUUCUACCCCAUGAAAAAGACCAG